GAAUCGAACACGACGCGGCGGCGGUGGCGGUUGACUUAAAUACAUUUUAUGAGAUCAGCUUCAGUGGAUUGAAGUGCAAAAAUUGUAUCUAAAUAAAAGAGUGUGUAUCUUUGAUAUUAUUUAACCGUAUUUUGUGCAUUUUUGUUUGUCUUGGAUAAAUUGAAAAUACUUAAAGGUAUAUCUUUUUUAUUGUGAGAUAAAACACCAAGUGAAUGGCAAAUUAAGUGAUAAAAAACAAGUGAUAACCGAAUUGUAUUUUAUGUCUUGACAGAAGAAUCUUGCACCGAGAUAAAACAGGAUUCCGUAAAAGGAUCACCUCUAAAGGAUUUAAAUUAAUUUAAUUGUUUUUUGUCAUAUGAAUAUGUUUCUAUACGUUUAAGAUAACCUAAAAAAACGAAUGCGCACAGAAUUUGUUCGAAACAACUUAUAAUGUGUCAUCGGAAAAAUCCCCAAAGAUUAAAGAGUUCAACAAUAUUAAAUCAUUGACGCACCUUACUACGCAUCUAGAACAGAAAUAAUACAUCAGCAUCAGAGAAUUAAGAUUGAGGCUUUAAAAUGGUUCUGAACCUUCUUUUAAUUACAACUGUGAUAAAAUCUACAUUUGGCGUUGUUACGACAGGGUUAUGGCUCAUACCCCUUAUGCUAGCAGCCAUUACCUUUUAUCGCUAUGACAGUAUAGACCCUGAGUCACGACCGAUCGACCAGAGCCGGCUUUAUAUGGAAUAUGACUUUAUCAUUAUUGGAGGAGGGUCAGCGGGAGCUGUGCUUGCUAAUAGGUUAUCAGAGAUCUCAUCGUGGAACAUCCUCCUUCUGGAAGCCGGUCCAGAUGAAAAUGAAAUCUCUGAUGUCCCCUCACUCUCAGCCUACCUACAACUCAGCAGACUUGACUGGCAGUAUAAAACGGAACCGACCAAGAAAGCGUGCCUGGGCAUGGUGAACAAUCGUUGCAACUGGCCUCGAGGGAAAGUGCUCGGUGGGUCGAGUGUCUUGAAUUAUAUGCUCUAUGUUAGAGGCAACCGAUAUGACUACGACCACUGGGAGUCUUUGGGUAACCCUGGAUGGGGCUAUGACGAUAUCUUAAAGUACUUCAAGAAGUCCGAAGACAACCGAAAUCCCUACCUCGCCAACAACCCCUACCAUGGCAAGGGAGGUCUGUUGACGGUGCAGGAAUCGCCAUGGCAUUCUCCAUUAGUGGCGGCAUUUGUCGAAGCUGGCAACGAGCUUGGCUAUGAAAAUCGAGACAUAAACGGCGAACAGCAGACCGGCUUCAUGAUCGCUCAGGGAACCAUCCGAAGGGGGAGUAGGUGCAGUACAGCCAAAGCUUUCCUUCGACCUAUCAGACUACGGAAAAACCUGCACGUGUCGCUAAAUUCCCAAGUCAACAAGAUUCACAUUGAUCCAGAGACGAUGCGAGCUUCAAAGGUGGAAUUUGUGAAGAAUGGACGAGUCUAUCGCAUUCGGGCGAAGAAAGACAUAAUCCUCUCAGCCGGAGCUAUCAACAGCCCUCAAAUUCUUAUGCUCUCCGGAAUCGGUCCCAAGGACCAUCUCGAAGACAUUGGAAUUCCAGUUCUCAAAGACCUGCCAGUUGGUGAUAACCUUCAAGAUCAUGUCGGAAUGGGAGGAAUGUCGUUCUUAGUUGACAAACCUGUUGCCAUUAUUCAGGACCGCUUCAACCCAACUUCCAUAACCCUUCAGUACGUUCUACGCGAGCGAGGCCCUAUGACCACCCUUGGAGGAGUGGAAGGGCUGGCCUUUGUACACACAAUUUACUCCAAUCGAUCUAUCGACUGGCCAGAUAUUCAGUUCCACAUGGCACCAGCAUCGAUCAACUCUGACAACGGAGCUCGUGUGAGGAAAGUGCUUGGUCUCAAGGACUCCCUAUACGACGAAGUUUACCGUCCAAUAGCCAACAAAGACACCUGGACAAUUAUGCCGCUUCUCUUGCGGCCCCGAUCACGUGGAUGGGUUCGUUUGCGGACAAGCAAUCCCGACCACUAUCCCCUCAUCAACGCCAACUAUUUCUCCGACCAAUUCGACGUGAAGACUCUCGUCGAAGGAGCGAAGAUUGCAAUCAGAGUUUCGGAGGCAAAAGUCUUCAAGCAAUUCGGUUCGCGACUGCAUCAAACACCCCUUCCCAAUUGUAAACACUUCGAAUUCCUCUCAGACGAGUAUCUCGAGUGUCAAAUUCGAACAAUUUCCAUGACAAUCUAUCAUCCCUGUGGAACAGCCAAGAUGGGUCCGGCGUGGGAUCAGGACGCUGUUGUAGAUCCCCGACUGAGAGUUUAUGGCGUAAGGGGUCUCCGAGUUAUCGACGCUAGCAUAAUGCCAACCAUCAGUAGUGGCAAUACAAAUGCUCCAACCAUCAUGAUAGCCGAAAAAGGUGCCGACCUCAUUAAAGAGGAUUGGCUAACCAAUCCGGAAUACAAAAAUGCUGACGCCUAUCAGAGCUAGCUCAGUUAGUUAGACGGGCACACUAAAGAGAAAAAUUAAGUGCCAUUGAAAAUAACAAAAUUAGUGGCGGCGUAGAAAUAUGUUCCUCCAUUAUAGGUACUGCUGAAUGAAUGAUUUCAAUUACAAAUUGUUUUGUUUUAAAGAUUGAAUGGAAAAAGUCAUAUUUUUAUAUUUUUGUUGAAUAGUUUUAGAAAAAAAAACCUUUAUUUAUUUUUUCUUUCUUUCUUUCAUUAAUUCUUAUCUAUGUUUAAGAGUACAAUAAGUUAAUAAAAUAUUAAUAAUGAAAACAAAAAUUAUUGAAGUAAUGUUAUUACUGCUUUAUAGUAACUAAUAAUAAAUAAGAAAAUGUU